UUCAGAAACAAACGGCAACUCUCAGGAAUAAAAUCGUCGUCGCUCCGCUCGUUAAAUUUUCGUUACCCACCCACACAAAAACAAAAAAUUAAACGAUUUUUAGCUGCGCGCAUUACAUAAAAUAUAUUUUGAGUAAAAACUAAGUGAAACAAUAGCUUUUUGUGUUGAGUGUGUAGGAGGGAAGUGUACAACUAUAAAUUAUAAUAAUUAAAGUUCACCAUAGAUAAUAAUUCGCGUUAGUGUUUGUGCGUAUAUGUGAGUGUUUGCUGCCCCCCGCUCCUGCGCGUGAAUGAGAGAGACGGCGAGAGGGGCGCUACGUGACCGAGUUGCAAUGAAAACUCCAGUGAAAAUUCAGCAUAACUGCUGACAAACACACAACCGAAAAGAAGAAUAAGAGGCAGAAUAGAAGGCGAGAAGUUUUUGUAGACCCCACUGUACUUCCCUAAGUUGCAAAUUGUAAAAUCAGCGAGCGAGUGGCGAAAAAAACUCUUAACCAGAGAGAGGGAGCACAGCGAGCCACGUCAAGGACGUGGGCCCACCCAUUUCCCCCCUAAAUAACCACCCCGGAUCCAAGCCCCCAAAAUGGAUGACGAUCAGCAGUUCUGCCUGCGGUGGAACAACCACCAGAGCACACUGAUCAGCGUGUUCGACACGUUGCUGGAGAAUGAGACUCUAGUCGAUUGCACGCUAGCCGCCGAGGGCAAAUUUCUCAAGGCCCACAAGGUGGUGCUGUCAGCAUGCAGUCCCUACUUUGCUACCUUACUUCAAGAACAGUACGACAAGCAUCCCAUCUUCAUACUCAAGGAUGUCAAGUACCAGGAGCUGCGCGCCAUGAUGGACUACAUGUACCGCGGCGAGGUCAAUAUCUCGCAGGAUCAGCUGGCCGCUUUGCUCAAGGCCGCCGAGUCGCUGCAGAUCAAGGGUUUGUCGGACAAUCGCACUGGCGGAUCGGCACCCAAGCCGGAGUCCACACAGCAGCAGCAUCAUCGCGGCAAGCUUAGUGGCGCCUACACACUGGAGCAGACGAAGCGCGCUCGCCUGGCCACCGGCGGUGCGAUGGAUGCGUCUGGUGAUGUAUCUGGGUCACGCGAGGGCUCUUCGAGUCCUUCGCGUCGUCGCCGGAAAGUCAGACGUCGCAGUAUGGAAAAUGAUGCCCACGACAACUCCAACUCGUCCGUGUUACAAGCCGUCGCCUCGAAUCAGUCAAUCCUCCAGCAGACAGGCGCUGGCCUCGCAGUCUCCGCUUUGGUCAGCACCCAGCUGUCCAGUGGAUCGGCAGCCGGAACCAGCAGCCAAGCGUCGUCGAACCAGCAGCAGCCAUUGACCAGCACCAACGUUACCAAAAAGACUGAAAGCGCUAAACUAACAUCCUCGACAGCCGCACCAGCGAGCGGAGCAGCUGCGUCAGUGACCGCCCAACAACAGCAGGCCCAGCAGCAGCAGGCGCAGACCACAAGCGAUGCCAUUAAUACCGAGAAUGUACAAGCCCAGAGCCAAGGCGGCGCCCAAGGCGGCGUCGAAGGUGAUGACGAGGACAUGGAUGAGGCGAGCGCCGUUGGCGGUGCAAGUGCCAUCAGUGGUCCCAAUCCUGCCUCCGCCUCCGCCUCUGCAGCCGCCGUUCACACUGGUGUUGUGGUCAAGCAGCUGGCCAGCGUUGUGGACAAAUCGUCGUCGAAUCAUAAACAACAGAAGAUCAAAGACAAUAGCGUGUCGUCGGUGGGCUCUGAAAUGGUGAUUGAACCCAAAGCCGAAUACGACGAUGAUGCGCACGAUGAGAACGUUGAGGAUUUGACAUUGGACGAGGAGGACAUGACAAUGGAAGAGCUGGACCAGACGGCCGGCACCAGCCAGGGUGGUGAAGGAUCUAGUCAAACAUAUGCAUGGCAGCACGACAGAUCUCAGGAUGAACUUGGACUAAUGGCACAGGAUGCGCAGCAACGGGAUCCCCAAGCCUCCUCCAAGCAGGACAAGGGUGAACAGACGGAGGGAACGCCCGAGGAAUUCGAGUUGGACGAUUGCCUGCUGGAGAGCAAUGACAUUGUCAUCACCCAGAACAAGGAUGGAUUUGUGCUGCAUGUCAAGAAGCUGGGCAAUAUCACCGCCGCCGCCAAGAUGGAAGCCGACAGCGCGGAUCAUCAUUCGCAUCCCCAGCAGCAGCAGCAGCAGCAGCAGCAGCAACAGGCUGCUGUCACCGUCACCGGACCGGCUGGCCAGCCCACGCCCACGAUCACCGAAUUGUUGAAUGCCGCCGCCGCCUCCCACUCGGAUAAGCCACCAGCACUAACUGCUUUGAGCAGCGGAACGACCAUCAAGUUGCCCUCUUCGGAAUGCGAGCUUAUCAACAUUAAGAAGAUAAUACCGGCAACCACAUCGAUUGCCACACACCAUCAUGCGCACACAAGCUCGGCGACAAUCAUACAUCCCCAUCACAUUAUCCAACAUGUGCCACAGGAGACGCACCAUCAGGAGCAGCAGCAGCAGCAUCACCACCACCAGACGAUCCACAUCGAGGAGGUGCCACAAACGUCGCAGCAGCACCAUCACCAUCUACAGACGACCCAGCCGCCGCAGCACACCCAAGUACAAAGCAUUAUCACAACGCAUCCCGGCCAGACGAUCAACCUGGUUGGGCUGCGGAAUGUGCAGCUGACCGAUGCCAAGCCGAUUUCAGCCUCAAGGAUUCGGUAUUCGCGCGGCAAGAUUAUCGGUGGGCCCACUGUACAAAAUCUGCAGAUCGUGGAGACCCAUGAGCCCAUCCAGCACCAGCACCACGAGUUGGCCGAUGGCACCAAGUAUGAGAUUAGCGAGAUCGAUCUGAACAAUCCCAAUGCGUCGGCGGCAAUCAUUAGCGACCUGGUGAAGUACGCCGAGAUCGAUGACAUCGAGCUGCCAGAUGGCACCAAGAUUGGCAUUGGAUUUGCCCCCUCAGAGAUUACGGAGCACAUGCAGACCUCGGGCGGGGAGACGCACAUCACCACCAUUGAGCACGAUCCACAGGAGGUGCAGACGGUGCACGAGGUGCAUCAGCUGGAGGAGUCGCAGCAGCAGACGCAUCACAUUCAUACGACACAACUGCAGACGCACCACAUCCAGACGGUGGUGCAGACCGGAGAUCAGCAGCAGCAGCAUCAUCAUCAUCAGCGCCUCGAGCUGCAGGACGACGAUGGUGUGGAGACGAUUCUACCCGAAGAGAUGGGUGUGCACGACUCCAGCAAGAGCUACACUAUUCUCACCACGCGACCGAUGAAGGAGGAGUCCGAUGCCGGCAACGAUCCCUCCGGCAUGACCUACGAACUAUCGUUGAGCGAUUCAUCGUUGGGUCCCUGCGAUGAUCCCGAGUCGCGGUACGUGUGCCGUCACUGCGGCAAGAAGUACCGCUGGAAGUCCACAUUGCGUCGCCACGAGAACGUCGAGUGCGGCGGCAAGGAGCCGUGUCAUCCCUGCCCCUACUGCACCUACAAGGCCAAGCAGCGUGGCAAUCUCGGGGUUCAUGUCCGCAAGCAUCAUCCGGAGAAGCCGCAGCUGGAGAGCAAGCGAGGACGCAAGAUCUAAGCGAGCCAGGGUGGAGGAGGAGUUGUGAGUAGACGAGAAAAUGAAACCCUUUGAGUUCUAGACCAGUUUUUCAUUAUUUUUAAUACUAUUUUUUUAUAUCAUUUUUUAUCAUACAAACACAGUUGUAACUAUUUAAGCUUAAAACGUUCUUAUUUGUUGAUUAUUUUUAUUAAGUUUAUAAGUCGAAAGAUUUUUCCCUACUUGUUUCUUAUAUCCAAAAGUUGAUCUUUUCUUAAAAACCGCAUUGAGUUCUUCAUAUUUACCAUAAGCUUUAAUCUUUGUAUGUCUUCACCUUUAAAAUAAUUGGUUCUUUUGGUAAUUUUCAAAAUUACAAAUUAAACACUUACGAACGCCCCAAAAAAUUAACAUAAACUAAAAAAAUAGUCGACAAACGAUGGAAGACGAAAACUUCAAAUCAAUGUGCAAGUAUUUUCAUGGAAAUAACACAAAGAAAUAUAUAGAAACUAAUUCUAUAUACAAAUGAAAAAUAGUUUAGAGAAACAUUAACUGUAAUUAGAAAUCUUGAUUCUGUAUGUAUGUGUGCGUGCUCUCAAAACAGAAAAUUUACAAAAAAAAAG